CUAAGUUCAUCACAACUCAAACUACAUGAUUAGCUUCAUCAACAAACAAGUACACAACAGAAUCAGUUAACUCAAAAGGAGGGGAAGGAAACAUUUGGAUCAAGCUAUGAUGGCUUGGUUUGCAUCACGAGAGUAGAGAUAAAGAUUUUUAUUUCAUGCUAUUUUUAAACCACGUUGGUUGAAAACUAGAUCAAAGAACACAUCCUCUGUAAAAAAAAGUUUUUUUUUAUUUGAAUAAUUUAACAUUCUUUCGAAAAAGAAGUUGAAUUAACUAAAUUGUCCACGUUAUUGUACAUAAAUAAAAGGUGAAGGAUUAAUAGGUGAAGAAUUAAUUGGUGAAUCUUUUUUCAACCAAAAAAUGUUAAAUGGAAAAACAAAGUUGUGUUCUGUUUUAACAAAAAAGUUGUAAUGUUCUGCUCAUUAGAUUUCCAUGUAGGUUGAAUAAUAUCUUUCAAAAAGUAUUAUACAAUUAAGAAUACGUGCAUGUGUCCUGAUAAACUACGACCGUGGUUUGUUUCAGGCUUUUAGGUUUUCUUUUUAUCCUUUUUAUUUUAGAGUUUAUGUUCACUACCAAAAAAAAUGCAACUUGUGUAAAAAUUCAGAAACUUGUGAUUAAUUUAGACCAUCGUAAAACUUUGAUGUCUUUCAUAAGAUAUGCGACAUCGUGAUGAAUAAAAUCGUGAUAAUGAUAUCACAAAUGUAAACUAAAAGGAAGGUUGUAUUACUUAUAUUAAUAAAAUCAUGACAUUGAUAUCACCCAUUCAAAACAAUUACUUAUCCAAACUAGAUUGAAUCUGUUACUUGCCCAUUUGUUUUGUUCAUUUUCUCUUUUACUGAAAUUUUCAAAUAACAAACCAGUAUAUGUUUGUAAGAUGACCUGAGAAGAAUCAUUUUCUCUUUUGCAAACCAGUAUACAGCCAGAGAAGAAAAAAGAAGAAUCCCAGUAAGAUCAUAUUUAAUACAAAAUUAUUUUUAAUAUUUACUUGCAUCAUUUUAUGAUUAGAGUUUGAACUCCAUCUUUUUUUUCUUUCAGAUUUGAAUUUAUCAGAGGAUCAAAUUAAGAGCUUAGCUUUGGCGGAGAUUGAAUCACUCCUGCUUAUCAACAGAAGCUCACUGGAAUUUUUUAAAGGGAUGCCACGUCCAGAUGCUUAUGCAUAUGAUACUGAUGUUAACACUUUGAUCAGUGACGAGCUAAACUACAACCAUGAUGAGCAAAGAGAAAAACACAGAGAGCUAUUAGCCAAGAUAACAGAUGAGCAAAAAGCUGUGUACCAAGAGAUACUAGAUGCAGUACAUGGUCAAGAUAAAGGUGGUCUUUUUUUCGUUUAUGGCUUUGGAGGGACUGGAAAAACUUUUCUUUGGAACAUCCUAGGUGCUGCAAUUCGAUCUUUAGGAGAAAUAAUAUUGAACGUAGCAUCCAGUGGAAUUGCUUCAUUUCUUUUACCAGGUGGCCGGACAGCUCAUUCAAGAUUUGGAAUACCAAUUAAUGUUCACGAUUUUACAACAUGUAGCAUGAAAAAGGGUUCAGAUCAAGCAGAGUUGGUACAGCAAGCUAAGCUCAUAAUUUGGGAUGAAGCUCCCAUGAUGAGCAAAUACUGUUUUGAAACUGUGGAUAGAAGCUUGCGUGACAUAAUGGGAUGCGAUGAGCCUUUUGGAGGUAAAGUUGUUGUUUUUGGAGGAGACUUUAGACAGAUUCUACCGGUAGUAACAGAUGGUGGCAGAGUAGAGACUGUUUUGGCUUCUUUGAAUUCAUCACAUCUCUGGAAAAGCUGCAAGGUUCUAAGACUUACAAAAAACAUGAGACUUAUGGCAGGAAUUACCAAUAGUGAAGCUAAAGAACUUAAAGCUUUUUCUAAGUGGAUUCUAGAUAUUGGUGAUGGAAAUAUCAAUCAACCAAACGAUGGAGAGGUUGAGAUUGAUAUUCCUGAAGAUUUGCUAAUAACUGAGUGCGAAAAUCCUAUAGAAACCAUAGUGAAGGAAGUUUACGGAACAUCAUUUGCAGAGAAACGAGAUCCCAAUUUUUUCCAGGAAAGAGCAAUAUUGAGUCCACGAAAUCAAGAUGUUGACAGUACCAACGAGUAUAUGCUAUCACAGUUAUCAGGUGAAGAAAAAAUCUAUCUCAGUUCUGAUGGUAUUGAUAUAUCAGACAAAGGCCCAAAAGAUCCCAUGGUUUAUUCUCAAGAGUUUCUAAAUAGCAUCAAGAUCUCUGGAUUGCCAAACCACUGUUUGAAGUUAAAGGUUGGUGCAAUAAUUAUGCUACUUAGGAACAUUGAUCCUCAAGGUGGUUUAUGUAAUGGUACAAGGCUGCAAAUUACUCAGUUGGCUGAUCAUGUUAUUGAGGCUAGAAUUAUAACGGGUCAUAGGAAUGACAAAGAAGGUGGUGAAAGGGUCUUAAUACCAAGGAUGUUUGUAUCUCCACCAGAAACGAGAUUCCCUUUCAGGAUGCGCCGUAGACAAUUCCCCGUUGCAGUUGCUUUCGCAAUGACCAUAAAUAAGAGUCAAGGCCAAACAUUAGAAAAGGUUGGUUCGUAUCUUCCAAAACCAGUUUUUACUCAUGGACAAUUGUAUGUUGCAGUUUCAAGAGUGAAGUCAAGAUCAGGACUGAAAAUUCUUAUCACCGACAAACAUGGAACACCUCAGAGAAAAACUAUGAACGUGGUAUACAAGGAAAUCUUUCAAAACAUUGACUAA